UCUUCUUCAUCCUCUUGUUUUCUCCUGUGCGAUAUUCAAAACAAUGGCAGACGCUACCUCGCUUCGCUGAAGCUCCAGCCCCGGACAAAAAAUGGCCUUCGCGACUGCCAAAAUCACCGAACUGCCACUGCGGAACGCUCUCCCCCGCGCCGCCUCCUCCGGCUCCGGCGGGAGCUCUCUCCACCUCCUCUUCGCCUCCCCGAAGCCGCCGCCGCCACGGCCUUGCGCUCUCGGGCGGCGCUGUCUCUGCCAGUCCCUCCGCACGACCAAUCCUCAGAGCGCCGGCUCCUCCCGGGGAAGGAGCGGCGGCGGCGGCAAGCCGCACUCCGCCCCGUGGCUCAACAAGUGGCCGCCACCGCCGCCGAGCCGCGAGGUCGACGAGGAAUCCCCCGGUAAGGUCGCCGGCUCCGAUUCUCGCGGCGCGGUUGAGCCGAGGUACUCUGGUAAUGACCGAGGCCAGAAUGCGAUCGAGAGGAUCGUGCUCAGGUUGAGGAAUUUGGGAUUAGGAUCGGACGAUGGAGAGGAAGAGGAGGGCGAGGAGGAGGAGGGAGAGGGCGAAUUCAGGGCCGCACCGCCGACCGGAGACGAGAGGCUGGGCGACUUGUUGCGCAGAGAGUGGAUUAGGCCGGAUAGUUUCCUCGAGGAGGAUGAGGGCGGCGGGGAGGACGACGCGGUUCUGUUGCCAUGGGAGAAAGAAGGCAAGGGGGAUGUGGAAGAGAAGGCCGUCGGGGGCAGGAAGAGGUCGGUGAAGGCGCCGUCGUUGGCGGAGCUUACGAUCGAGGACGAGGAGCUUAGGAGGUUGAGGAGGAUGGGAAUGUAUCUUAGGGAGAGGAUUAGCGUCGCGAAAGCGGGGAUCACGCAGGCGCUAUUGGAGAAGAUACACGAUAAGUGGAGGAAGGAGGAGCUUGUGAGGCUUAAGUUUCAUGAGGUGCUCGCGGUUGAUAUGAAGACAGCACAUGAGGUCGUCGAGCGUCGAACUGGGGGAUUGGUCAUAUGGAGGUCUGGCAGUGUUAUGGUGGUGUACCGUGGGAAGAACUAUGAAGGCCCUGCUUCAAGAUCCCAACCGACUGUGAGGGAAGGCGAUGCUCUUUUUGUCCCCGAUGUUUCUUCAGCCAAUAGACCAGUCGCAGAAGGUGGCGAUGAUGUGAAGCCAGAAUGCGAGAAGAGUGAAGUGUCGGUGAGGAGCCCAGAGCUAAAGGAGAGCUUGACAGAAGAGGAAGUUGAAUAUAACAGCUUGCUAGAUGGCUUAGGCCCUCGAUUCGAAGAGUGGUGGGGCACGGGAGUGCUUCCGGUGGAUGCGGAUCUACUUCCUCAAAAGAUUCCUGGUUAUAAAACACCAUUUAGGCUUCUUCCCACUGGAAUGCGUUCGCGACUGACCAAUGCUGAGAUGACCAACUUACGGAAGGUGGCAAAGUCACUUCCUUGUCAUUUUGCCCUCGGGAGAAACAGGAACCAUCAGGGUCUGGCAGCUGCGAUAAUUAAGAUUUGGGAGAAGAGCUUAGUUGCGAAGAUUGCUGUUAAAAGAGGAAUUCAGAAUACGAACAAUAAACUCAUGGCUGAGGAGCUGAAGAAUUUAACUGGGGGUGUUUUACUACUUCGAAAUAAGUAUUACAUUGUCAUCUAUCGGGGAAAGGAUUUUCUUCCUCCUACUGUAGCUACUGCUUUGUCAGAAAGACAGGAAUUGGCAAAACAGAUACAAGAUGUUGAAGAGAAACUUCGGACUGGAACAGUUGAUGCUGCUCCAUCUAAGGAAGCUGGCCAUGCACUAGCAGGUACUUUAGCUGAGUUCUAUGAGGCUCAAGCCCGAUGGGGAAGAGAUAUAUCUACCGAGGAACGUGAAAAGAUGAUCAAAGAAGCUUCCAAGUCCAAGAGUGUUAGACUUGUCAAAAGAAUUGAGCACAAGCUAUCUCUUGGCCAAGCAAAGAAACUAAGGGCCGAGAGACUCUUGUCCAAAAUAGAAGCAUCUAUGGUUCCUGUUAGUCCUGAUGAUGACCAGGAAACCAUCACUGACGAGGAACGGACUAUGUUUCGCAAAGUUGGUUUAAGAAUGAAGCCGUACCUGCCUCUUGGUAUUCGUGGUGUUUUUGAUGGUGUCAUUGAGAAUAUGCAUCUGCAUUGGAAGCAUAGAGAAUUGGUGAAGCUUAUAACAAAGCAAAAAACUCUUGCUUUCGUGGAAGACACGGCAAGGCUAUUGGAGUUUGAGAGUGGUGGAAUAUUAGUAUCAAUAGAAAGUGUGCCCAAAGGCUAUGCUCUUAUAUAUUAUCGUGGAAAGAAUUACCGGCGGCCGAUCAGCCUGAGGCCGAGGAACCUUCUCACGAAGGCGAAAGCAUUGAAACGUUCUGUUGCCAUGCAACGGCAUGAGGCUCUAAGUCAACACAUAUCUGAGCUGGAGCACACGAUUGAGCAGAUGAAGAAGGAAGUAGGUGACUCUUGUGAGAUAGAGAGUGAAGAUCCCUGGAGUUCCAAAGGAGAUGGCUUGUUUGAUGAAGUAUCAGAAUUGACACAGAGUGAAGAUGAUGAUCCAACGUCUGGUCCUGAUGAUGUUGAAGGCAGUGAUUGGGAAGAUGAUGAAAAGACUCUGACCUUACUGUAGAUAUGUGAUGAUCCUUUGAAAAGAACUUCAUAUUUUUGCUGAAGGAGAGAACUCGAGAGGCAUUUGGGGCAUUGCCUCUGUACCUUCGGCCGAACCGUCUUUGUAAGUGGAUCCCCUCUCUCUCAUUUCUCUCACGCAUUGAGGGUGGUGGAAGGACUUCCCGGGGCCAACGUGCCAACUUAAACGAAUGGGGGUGAUGUUGCUGCUACACGGAAGAGCUUCGGAAGUGUUGAUCACAGGGCAUGCGUUUUACCUUAUGAACCGGUCGAUUCCAUGCAAAGCCCAUCGUGGCUAUUGCUGGUUGCUGCCUUUCUAUGUCUAUCCGAGACUGAAAUUUUCCGAUAAUCUCCCUUCAUUGAUUCAUAGAUUCCUUUUAAUUCUAUCGAGGUCAACAGUGCAAGUUAGCUCGGUGAGAGAUGCAUAGAUUCCUUUGAGUUCUGUUGAAAGAGAGACUAGACAUCAGUGUAAAUUUCGCAAAUGAAUUGGGAUUAACCAAUUGUAUCUCGUCAA